AUGAAGAAAUAUACGAGCAAUUAAUAACUGAGAAGAUCAAAUGGACCUGUGGGCAGGUAUCGAAUCUUUAAGCAUACCGAAAUAGAUAGAGCUAAUUUAUUCGAGGGCUUACCUUAUGUCUAAUUUGAUGCUUUCAUAAGAAGAGAUAGGACUAUGUAACAUGUUGUCAUUAGAGAUUUACUAAAAAUAAUAAUGGAAAAAUGCAACUAAUUAAAGAAUUUGCUACUUGAUAAGUUUCGACUCAAAAGGAUUUUUUUAUUAAUGGAUUUAAUGGAACAGCCAAAAAAAAAGGGAAUGUUUAAUUAAAGAUUGGAGGAUACUAUAGUUCUGAUUGAUUAGAUAGGUUCAAUCAUUUUAUAAGAAUUCAAAAAGAACCCUGAGUAGAUUGGACUUAAGUAGUCACCUAUUAAACAUUUAUAAGAGCAUAACCCAGAGCACAUAGAUCCUCAUUAGGAAGAAAAAGUAUAUGAUAAGAAUGUGGAUUUAUUUAAUGAGAUGCUCCAAUACUUAAGAGAUCGCAUAGAACUUUACAUGUUAAUGAUGAGGUAGGCCGGCCAUAAGAUUUUAGAUGAUUAAUAAUGUAUGAGCUUUUUGAAGGAUGUCACUGCUCUUCGUUAUAAUUUAUUGCAGUUAAGUGAAGAUAUCAGAGUUUUAGACGCUAACUCUGAAGAGAAUUUAAAGUUAAUUAAGUUAACUCUGUAAAAAUUUGAAACGGUCAGAGAUAAAAGAAUAGAAAAAUUAUCUCCAGAAAAGAAGAGCGAAGAGUAAAAGAUUGAAGACAAGAAAUUGGAAGAUAAGAGAAAGAAAAUAGAAUAUAUUGAGAAGAAUUUGAUUGGAAAGACCCUCUCAAAUAUGGAUGAUUAGGCUGAAUCUGAAGUUUAAAAAAAACGAGCAUAAAGACUAAAUGAAUUAUUAUAAUAGAAAUUCAAUUUUAAUAAAAGUUCCAUUGUUACUCGAGAAUCCAAACUGAUAUUAAAUCAAGACAAACUAGAAUAAGAAAAGGUAUUACUAUUGGAAAGCAGUCAAAAAGCCUCAAAAAUAAAACAUGACUUAGUAGAUAACAGGAAAAGAUUAGCACUAGAAAAGCUAAAAGAUCCUACUAAAGAUCCAUAAUUACGUGGAGCCUUAGAAAUUAUGACAAGAGUUCUUAAUAUUAAUAUAUAAGAUUAAUUUUAAGAAUGA